ACCCUCUCCCCUCCCCUCUGCCCAGAUCCGGGAGCUGGUGCCGGAGUCUCAGGCCUACAUGGACCUCUUGGCCUUUGAGCGGAAGCUUGACCAGACCAUCAUGCGGAAGCGGGUGGACAUCCAGGAGGCCCUGAAGAGACCCAUGAAGCAAAAGCGGAAGCUGCGCCUCUACAUCUCCAACACCUUUAACCCGGCCAAGUCUGACGCAGACGACUCCGACGGGAGCAUCGCUUCCUGGGAGCUGCGCGUGGAGGGGAAGCUCCUGGAUGACCUCAGUAAACAGAAGCGGAAGUUUUCCUCCUUCUUCAAGAGCUUGGUCAUCGAGUUGGACAAGGACCUCUAUGGGCCGGACAACCACCUGGUGGAGUGGCACCGGACGCCCACCACCCAGGAGACGGACGGCUUCCAAGUGAAGAGGCCCGGCGACGUCAGCGUGCGCUGCACCCUCCUCCUCAUGCUGGAUUACCAGGUGGGACUCUGUGGGUCUGCAGGUAUAAGAAGGGGAGGGGGGAGGAAUGAAGGUGUGGUGCCUCAGUCUUGCUCCUUGGUGAUGAGGUCAAGGGCCUUGAGCUGCCAUCAGACUCUUGGGUUAGGAACGCUGGGAAGGGGAUUAGGUUUUGUCUCAAGAGCAAGAGGAAAGUGCACAGACGUGUAAGGAUGUGUGUGUGCAUGCAGGGCUGUAGCUGUGGGGCUGGGGCAAAACGAGUGCAUUGCCCUCCCAGCAAG